AUGAAUCAAGGCUUCAUCCUUUGCUUGAUACUCGUUCACGCAAUCCGAACGACGAUUGAAAGUGAUAUAUAUACAGGUCGAAUUAUUCAAUGCUACACAUGUCGUGGAGGAUCAGAAUGCGGUAUCUUAUUUUUGUCAUAUCUAAACGACAGUACUAAAUAUUCUUUCAAAUAUGGCAAUGAAAUCUUAUAUUCAUGUUCAGUAACCAUUACUCCAGAAGGCGUAACAACUCGAGAUAUGGUACUGUCAAGCACAUGUCAAAUUUCACCGUAUCAAUUUUGUUGUAAAGAUAAUCGAUUUGGACAUUGUUCGUUGGUUGGCGACACAUGCCGUGGCGAUCUUCAUGUUGCAUUCCGUAGUAGUCCUGCUGAAUCCUGUUCGAUGGCACAUCAAGACUUCACAAACGAAGAAGAAAUCUACAAGUCCUAUAAAAAGACAUGUUUGCCUGGAUUAACUGUAAUACCAACGGACUCAAAGCAACUCAAAGCAACUGAAGCAGUUAUGUCUGUUGUCACUUCAUGUUGCAACGCCCCCAACUGUAAUCAACAUUCUGCGUAUGAUGAAACUGCUAUUACGUGUUACGUGUGUGAUUCACGUAUCAGUGGUUUAGCGGGAUGCCAUACUUUGAACACAUCCAGCUCUCACGUCUAUCGCAUUGGAUCAUCGAAUCCUUCUGAAUCUUGUGCCACUAUUAUCGGCCUGGCAGGACGAGAUCCAAUCAGCAAUAUAAAUUACCCAUCAUUCACCAUACGAACAUUCAUUAUGGAUUGUCAAAACCAAUCGUUAGGUUUGAUUUCAUUCGGUGGCGCUGAGUUUCAAGGUAGCAUCGGUUGUUGUCAAAUCGAUAAUUGCAACAUUGAAUCCCUAGAUACCUAUUUGACUCCUGCGACAAGAGCAGUCAUUGCACCAAUGAUUAGUAGAAUAACGAUAAAAGAAACAGCAACUAAAUUUACAAGCACACGAACAACGUUUACCUCAGCGAUGAACAUGGAUAAAGGGCUAACAACUGCAACAUCGACCAUUAAAAGCAAUUUUCACGCUUCAAAAAUUUUUACAGUUAUUUUACCUAUGAUCCUAGUCCUUGGAGUUACAGUGAGCACUGUAUGGAUCGCUCGUCGACGAUGCUGCGAAAACACUCAUUGGAAAAUUCGCAACUGCUCUUUUGAAGACAUCCCUGUUUCUAGUCCUCUAGAACCUAGUUCUCAGCCUUUCAUACAAAACCAUUCCGAGCUCGCUGAAACUAUCGCUGAAAACGUCACUGCAGAUUAA